CGUUAGUCAAGGCGGGAACCUGGAGGCUAUCUUCUUUCCUUGAUAUCAUCAUCUUAUCUGGGAUUUUCUGAAGAACAUCGGGAAUUGGGUUUGAUAUCCAGCUUCUUAGAUUUGCUUCUCAACUGCCCCGGUGUCCCUGGACUUUGCGUCAUACUGGCGCACCUCGUCCCUUCCCAGAAGUCUUGCUCAUCGCUCUCCUCCAGUUGCCAGAAUCCUUGAGACAUGAUCUGCUCUGCGAAGCGGAAAGUCCUGGACGGACUUAAUAAGAGAUACAUCUACGGUCGCGUGCCUUUAUUGCACACGAUCAUUUUCCUCGUCGAGAUGGCAGUGGCAGCACGUCUUGCCGCGAAAUUUAAUACCUACUAUGCUGAAAAGCCAGUGCUCACGACGAUGGUCACCAACGCUGUGCUUGGUGGUGUUGCCGAUACCGUUGCGCAGCUGAUUACAGCCUUCCGGACCCGCCGACCUCCGACAAGCGGCGAUGAUUUCCUUUCGAUAGAGAUCCCCGACUUUGAUAAGCAGAAACCCCCUGCUGUAGGGGAACUGGGAUAUGUCCGGACCUCGUCGCCACCUUUCGAUUUUGAGCGUCUGACGAGAUUUAUGGCUUAUGGCUUCUUCAUGGCGCCGGUGCAGUUCCAGUGGUUCGGUUUCUUGUCCAGAGCAUUCCCGCUCACCAAGAGGAACCCGACGGCUCCAGCUUUCAAGCGUGUCGCGUUUGACCAGUUCAUUUUUGCGCCAUUUGGUCUGGCGUGCUUUUUCACCUACAUGACGAUCGCCGAGGGUGGUGGUAGAAGGGCAUUGACAAACAAGUUCCGUGACGUCUACCUGCCGACCCUAAAGGCCAACUUUGUGCUCUGGCCGGCAGUGCAGAUCCUAAACUUCCGAGUCAUUCCUAUUCAGUUCCAGAUUCCAUUCGUCUCAACUAUUGGUAUUGCGUGGACCGCAUACCUUUCUCUGACUAACUCCUCCGACGAGUCCUAAUUCAAUGCUAUCCAACGCGAACAUAAUGAUAACGAUUCGGGCUAUAAAGUCUAUAAAUUGCACUCUUUCUUUGCCAAAUUAUUCAGGCGUUCCGGUUGAUCAGGCUAGCUUUCAUGUACAUGGUUAUGGUAUUUGCCCACGGACAGGUUUUGCAUUUCAAAAGGUCUGAUUUUGCACAUUUGGGAAUAACAACUGGGGGUUUUGCUCUUGACUAUUUUUGUGAUUUGACUUGGAUGCUUUAAGAAAAUUCCGCUUUUCAACCCCCUUUGAGCUUCACAUGAUUUCGUUGGACUCGGAAAACAUCCAAGCAUGUAGCGGUU